AUGCGAAGCGCAUUAAAUUGUCCUGUGAAAUACAUCACCAAAGAGCCUCCACUGCUGGCUUUGGAGAAUUACUGUUUCGUGAUUGACGGUGAUAAAGUUGAUGUUGAUAGAAUAACCGAAAAUUCGGUAGGCUGGUGGAAACCAACAGGAUCCAACAUUCGGUAUUACUGUACCGAGCAAAUGAAAACUUUUUAUCAGGUAAAAUUUCGUUUCUAG